GGCGUCGCCGGUGGAGUCGACAGCACGCCGCCGGAACAGCAGCAGCAGCGGACGCGGUGGCGGCAACGCCGGCGCGGGGACAGCUUCGCCGCCGGGCGCCCACCAGCGCUCACCAGCAGCUGCCCGCGACCAUGCGGCGAGGCAUGUAGGCUGGGUGGCGGUGUGCCAUGGGCGAGACCCCGUCGAGGACCACGAGCGUGCCGCCUCCGGCCGCUGCGGGCGGCGGGCCGGCAUGGCGGCUCCGGCUGUCGGCCCUCAUCGUGGCGCUGCUCAGCUGGCGCACGCCGUGCUGCGCGGCCAACGCGGACACCAAGCGCCUCUACCACGACCUCAUCAACGGAUACAGCUCGCUCAUCAGGCCCGUGGGCAACAAUUCGGACCGGCUAACGGUCAAGAUGGGCCUCCGCCUGUCGCAGCUCAUCGACGUGAACCUCAAGAAUCAGAUAAUGACAACAAACGUAUGGGUUGAGCAGGAGUGGAACGACUACAAGCUCCGCUGGGACCCAGAAGAGUAUGGCGGAGUGACUAAAGUCCACGUACCGGCUGAACAAAUUUGGUUGCCGGACAUUGUUCUUUAUAAUAACGCUGAUGGAAACUACGAGGUGACCAUCAUGACCAAAGCCAUUCUCCAUUCGGAUGGCCUCGUCAUCUGGAAGCCACCCGCAAUCUACAAAAGUUCCUGCGAGAUAGACGUGCAAUAUUUUCCAUUUGACCAGCAGACCUGCUUCAUGAAGUUUGGAUCCUGGACCUACGACGGAUACACGGUCGACCUGAAGCACAAGCACCAGCGCGACGAUUCCAACGACAUCGCGGUGGGCAUCGACCUGUCCGAAUUCUACCUGAGCGUCGAGUGGGACAUCAUGGCGGUGCCCGCGCGGCGCAAGGAGAAGUUCUACUCGUGCUGCGAGGAGCCCUUUCCGGACAUCACCUUCAACAUCACGCUGCGGCGCAAAACCCUGUUCUACACCGUCAACCUGAUCAUCCCCUGCGUGGCCAUCUCUUUCCUCUCCGUGCUGGUGUUCUACCUGCCCUCGGACUCCGGCGAGAAGGUCUCGCUCUCCAUCUCCAUCAUGCUCUCGCUGGGCGUCUUCUUCCUGCUCCUCUCCGAAAUCAUCCCGCCCACGUCGCUGGCCGUGCCCUUGCUCGGCAAGUACUUGCUCUUCACCAUGGUGCUCGUCUCCCUCUCCGUCUUCGUCACCAUCGCCGUGCUCAACGUCAACUUCCGCUCGCCGGCGACGCACAAGAUGGCGCCCUGGGUCAAGCACGUCUUCCUGAAGGUCCUGCCCCCCGUUCUCCUCAUGAAACGGCCCCAAGACGAUGAUGACGAUGACGAUGCCAGUGCCAUGGGCUUCGAUGCCACGCCGUCCGCCGACAACCGAGCUCCGCCGUCUCCUCCGCCGCCGCCACCGCCACCACCGCCGCUACAGGAACUGACACUAUGCGCGUACCACUCCGCCGAGCCGCCCGAGAGCGGCGGGGACGACGCCUCACCGCGGGCGUUGCCUUCGCCUCCCGAUGGCGGCGCCGACCCGGGAGCCCUGCUCGACCAGGACCUGGCCAGGCCCGUGUUCAACGUGCGCUUCAUCGCGCAGCACAUGGAGAAUGCCGACCACUUUGACCAGGUCAUAGAAGACUGGCGUUACGUGGCCAUGGUCCUGGACCGACUAUUCCUGCUGCUGUUCACGUUCACGUGCGUCGUGGGCUCAGCCUGCAUCAUCCUCGAGGCGCCCUCGCUGUUCGACGACAAGCUCCCGAUUGACAUCCUCAUGUCCAAGGUGGCUCCGCGACUGCGGCGCAUCCACGACUGAGCCUGCCGAUAUCGGUCGGCCGAAGACGCUUCCUCCACCAGAAGCCCUUCCCGACACUUGUCCUGGCCAGAGGUAGCCUCGCUUCACGCUCUCGCCUUGCGAGUUGGACAUCGUCAGCCCAAUCCUCGACGUGCUGAAAGAGGACUGUGACACGAGUGAUGAGAGAGUGCUUGGCUGUGAAAGAGAGACUUGAGACUUUACUGUUUGUAGUGAGCAGAGUCAAAACGGGGCACAACCGUGGCCGAGAAAAAAAAAAUGAACGGGACACACUCGAGGUGGGGCGAUACAGUCUAGAUAUUUUGUACGUUCGCCCGCUUCGUAACGCGAGCCCUAGACGAACAAAAAAAUAUUUUGCCGGGGAGCCUUUCUCCUCUGUCUUUCGCUUUUAUUUUUCAGGGUUUUUAACGCUCUUUCAACGCGGAGUUACAUAUAAAAUGGUAACGCGGUCUUCGAAUAGCGCCGUCGUCCGCCUCGCGUCGUCUUCGGUUUCGCUUGAGCCCUCCCUUUCACAUCCUGUGCUCACCUAACGAUAUCGCUCACUUCCAGUCCUAAUUUCCAAAUAUAUCCUCGUUCACUGGUUUAGUUUAUGAGUGCGCGAGUUGGCGGGUUGGUACCGACUUUGCUUUCAGAUUCCUUUUUUUUUUUAAAUUGUGCUCAGCCUGAUGCUGCCUGUAGGUGCGAGUCUGGAAAGGGACAUCUGCCGGGUGUACUGUUUUCCCGGUUGCCACUUCCAUCUGUCAUGCACUUGAGACAAGCACGACGCAUUUCAGAGUUUUCAGCCUGGAAACCAUUUAGUGUUCGAGUGAAAGUUGUCAGUGCUUGUAGUAGGCUUGAUGUGUGUUGCUGCUGGCCACCCCGUUUCUUUUCCCCCCAGUACACACUGUUUCCUUUUGUUUUUGUCAGCGGAGUCGCCUUGUUGUUACGCGUAGGAACGCGCGCCCGUGGGGGGCCGAGAUUUCGCUGGACUCGUACGGAACGCAGAGCGCUGAUUAUAUAGGGCGUCUAUAAGGUAAUUUAUUUAUUUAUUUAUUUAUUUUGAAGUGCUCCGAAAGGCUUUCUUAUGAGAGUAUUGCAGACGGGUGGGGGUCACAAAAUCAGGUAAUAGAUAACUACAAACACAUUUGCAGGUAAGGCUGGUAAGGCUCACAAUUUCGUCAGACAUCACAAUGAAAUGAAAAAUCCAAUUCGUCUGACUGGAAGACUUUUUUUUUUCACCGCCGUUACGAGGACGUUCGUUAAAGUCCGAAAGUGACGAAAUCAAUUAAUGAUGUACAUCACAAUGAAUACACAGCGUUUGAAAGUAGUAAAUGAGGCGAAAUCGCAAAUUAAGUACGCCAAGCUAAGAUUCUAAGGUGCUUUAGACUGAAGUUUGUCGUGCGUCUCUAUUUAGAAACGUUGGCAAAAUUUAUCAGAAACAACCGAAAAGCAAGGAACACAUGUUUUUGUUUUGGCUUAUGACCAGUACAAUUAGUCCCAAGAAGCCAUUGUGGAAGGAUAUAAUUGUAUUGCAGAGGAUAGGAUAGGACAAAACACUAUUCCUAAUCCGUGACAGCGCAUCAGCGACCUGGUGAUCUGUGUAUGAUACAGAAGGACAGUUUAACAGUUGCACCUGACGGACAAAGAAAACAGAUGAUAGGACAACGCGUGGGUAACACAACAAAGCACGAGCGAGCUCGCCACGACGGGACACUGUGUGUUACUUCGGUUCUUGAAGCAGCAAAACGCCGCCGUGGUUGCUCAGUGGCUAUAGGGCUGCUUGUGGGAAGCACGAGGUCGCGAGAUCGAAUCCGGGCCACGGCGGCCGCAUUUCGGUGGGGGCGAAAUGCGAAAACACCCUGUACUUCGGUUUAGCUGCACGUUAAAGUACCCCAGGUGGUCCAAAUUUCCGGAGUCCCGGAGAUCGUGGUUUUGGCCCGUAAUAUCCCCUAAUUUUUUAAACAGCAAAACGGCAAUGAAUAGGGGCGUCGAUUGCCCCGGUGGUGAACACUGGCAUGCCCACGGCGCCUGGAACGGCGCGUGACGCGCGGUUUCGGCGAGCUCUCUCCCUCCCCGCAGUAUGGCGCCGGUGCGAAACCGUUCAGCCUGUGCUUAGCCCAGUGGAUUGUUGCGUCGUAGCAUUCCGGGAUCAGGCUUUGCUUCCGGUUUAAUCUGUGUCGGUGAAUGCGAGCUUGUGGCAGAAACGCAAGCCAGAGAUAGUUGUCUUCGAGGACUAUUUCUGUAGCAUUGUUUCCUAAUAAAGUGCGUUGCCGUGCUGC